ACUUGGGAAUUUCCUUAUUAUUUUAGAACAAGUCAAGAAUCGACCCAUGGUCAGUACGUUCCGGAGCCGGAGCACGUGAGCGUGCACACGGUGAACACCGAGGGUUCGAGUUUCACGCCUCCGGGUGACGGAGGGCAACAGCAGAAUCAACCUGAGCCAGCGGGACAGCCACCAGCUGUACCACCGCCACCCGGCCAUGAUGGCCCAUUAUAUGCAGCACAUGGCGCAGCUUAUGCCCAUGUUCCAGCCACCGCCACCACCACAGCCUCAGCCGCGCAUCGUUACCUUCAAGACAUUGAAGGAUAAUGGAGCGGAAGAGUUUCGAGGAGACAAGAUGGGGGAGCCCCAGAUUGCAUUGGAUUGGCUUGAGCAGAUGGACCGAGAUCCACACACGCCCAAGCCAUGGACCUGGGAUCGCUUUGAUCGAGCUUUCACGAAGGAGUACGUCCCCACCCGGUACCGCGAGGAGAGGCGCGAUGAGUUCGUUGCACUUAAGCAGGAGGGGAUGUCACUGCCUGAACUGAGACAGAAGUUCGACUACCUGUCCCAGUAUGCGACGAGUUUGGUCUCCACUCCGGAGGAUCGUUUGAAUGAGUUCGUCAAGAAGCUACGGCCAGACAUGAGGCCGUACGCCGCGCUGAUCACAUCGACAGAUUUUAAUGCGGCGUAUGAUUUGAUUGUGAAGACGGAGAAGAGCUUGGACGAUUUGCAGGCAACUAAGAAGUGUCCGUUGUCCGUGCAAGGGAAGCAAUUCCCUGCAGAUUUGAUAGAGCUACCACACAAGGAGUUUGACAUUAUCCAUGGUAUGGAUUGGCUCACCGAGCAUAGAGCAGUGGUCAACUGCAGUUGUCGGACCGUACGGCUGAGAGCCGAGGACGGUAGCGACGUAUCACUCUCCGGGGAGGUGUUCCCCAAGGCUCCCGAGUUCAUAUCGUCCUUGAGCGCGAGGCGCUUGAUUCGCAAGAAGUGCGAGAUGUUCCUGUGUCACGUUCAGGAUAUGCGAAAAGAAUCACCACGUCAGCAGGACAUUCGUACG